AUGUUCCCAGACGCCAUAGCUGCCGUGCAGUCAGCACUGCACCCCUCUGUGUGCUCCGCCAUUCUUGAUGCCGAGAUUGUGCCAGUGUCACACGAAACUACUCCCCAGGGCUUCCACAAGCUGCUGCCAUUCCAAGUGCUGUCACGGCGAGAAAGAGGCAGCAAGGAGAGAGCGGAGAGCAGAGAGGAGCCAGGAAAGGCAAGCAAGGGACAACGUAAGAUGAUUGCUGGUACUGCAAUUGGAGCAACAAAGGCAGGUGGGAGCAAGCAAGACGAGAGGGAGGAGAGGGGUGGUGGCGAUAGCAGCAUUUCAGCGCGGACAGGUCAAGGAGAGAGGGUUGAUGCUAUGGAGGAGGAUGGGAGGGAGGCGACAGGAAGGGGUAUUGAGGAGGGAGGGAUGGGAGCAACGGAGGGAUGGGUGGAAGAGGUGGAUGGAGUCAGGGGGGUGCAGGGAGCAGGAGGAGAGGCAGAGGCAAGCACAAAGGAAGCAGUGGUGGCAGCAGUGGGUAGUGGUUGCAGCAGUAGAAGCAUGGCAGGUCCUCAAGUCUGCGUCUGCGUCUUUGACAUGCUCUAUCUCAACGGCCAAUCGCUCGUCAAGAAGAGCCUGAGGGAGCGUAGAGAGGCUCUGGUUGCAGCACUGCCUGGUGCGGCCAGCAGCGAGGUUCCUGGAGGGCUCAUGGUCGUUGCACAGACAGAGGGGCUGAUGGUGAAGCUGCUGGACGGCCCCCCCUCCUUCUACUUCCCCAACAAGCGCUCCGACUCGUGGCUCAAGGUGAAGCGAGACUACGUGGCUGGGCUUGGUGACUCCCUUGAUCUGGUGCCCAUUGGCGCAUGGCAUGGCAACGGUCGCAAGGCCGGAUGGUGA